AUGGCCGAGGCCAAGUAUCUAAGGACGCUGUGGGCGACGCUGGUGCAAACCCAGGACGCACUGGAGCUGCAUGGCGAAGCGUCGUCGGGCGGAGCGGCGGCAUUGUCGGCACUGGCAAGCAUGGCGCUGACAACGGCAGCAACUGGGCUCACGGCCCCUCUGACAGAGCUGGGCCACUUUGUUGACUUUGAGCUGGAGUCUUCCGUCUCGGCGGUUACCGCCUCGGAGUUUGCGCCAACCGAGGCCCAGGCUGCUGCGCUCCCACCGGUCUCGUUCUUCCCGCUCCUUCCCUACCCGCUCGCUGCUGCGCUCACCACUCUCCUCCCGGAUAGCAUGCUUCAGGCCGAGGACGACCUGCUGCGACUGCGGAACAUCCUCAUUCUGGUCGGUGUCCGCCUCAAGCGGGACGGAUUUCUCUCGCAGGCGCUCGAUGCCUUUCGCGCUGCGCUCGACGUGCCCGUCGGCGUGGAAGAGGUCCAGACUGGGGUGGCCUGGCUGCUGACACAGCGCCCAGCCGCGACGUCGACGUGUUGCCUGUAG